AUGGCAUCGGUCGUGCUAUCCACCCUACCCCCGAUCUCGAACGAGACAGACCCAACUCAGCCGCUUCCCGUCGACCCGCUAUUCGGUCAGCCUGUGCAGAAGGCCAUCGGCGUCUUCACAUUUGUGGUAAUCGCAGUGGGUCUCGUGGGCAACUCGGCCGUUAUCUACAUCGUGGUGCGCUACCGUGACAUGCACACGACGACCAACUUCUCCUUCGCCAACCUGGCGCUGACUGACAUCCUCCUGUUGAUCUUUAAAGCCUUGUCCAACACCCUGGACACCUUUGGCUACGCCGUGUCGGUGGGCCUCAACUGCUGGCCCACGUUCUACCUUCGACACGUUAUUGUUGAGGUGACGGUACUUACGUUGGCGAUGAUGUCAUACGACCGAUGGAGAUUGGUUGCGUACCCGCUGGAGGCCGUCAAACACACCGAAAGACGCAAACGGGUUUUUCUGUUCGGUAUAGUCAUUCUGUGGGCUGUGUCAUUUGCGAUGUAUGUUCCGGUCAUCGUCUACUCGGUCAAAGUAUCCCUUCAUGCUGUCUUUUGCACCAUUUGGUUUCCUUGGGAAUACGGCCAGAAGGUUUUCCAGACCUACACCGCCAUCACAAUGUACAUCGUUCCGCUGAUUUUCAUCUCCGUGUGCUACCUGAAGAUCUGGCUGAAGCUUCGACAGAAGACAACAGGUUCCGCUACAGCGUCGGGUACCAGCACGGCCAGAAGCUCCCAACGCAUGCACCGAACUCUCCGUUUAAUCAUGGUUGUGAUCGCGGUCUUUGCGCUGUCGUGGCUGCCGUAUCGCUUGCUCAUGAUGUGGUUGGCGUGGGACCCCGACUUCCUUGCCUUCAGUCCCUUUACCUAA